CAAAAAGGAUCGGCCGUCGUUCGGCUCACUCGCGACAAUUUUGAAACGGCAACAAAAGGUCAGAGCUUAGUCUUCGUCAAGUUUUUUGCCCCGUGGUGUAGUCAUUCUAAGAAAAUGGAGGGGGAUUGGGAGAAGCUAGCGGAAGACUACAACGGCGACAGCAACAAUCCGGAGAGUGGAGGACUGCUGGUGGCAGAAGUCGAUUGCACCGACGAUUCUGUCGCUGGGGGAGGCAAGGCAUUGUGCAAUUGGUUCGGUAUCGAAUCUUUCCCGACACUGAGAUACGGCGAACGAACACACGAUGGCAGAAAUGAGUUGCAGCACCGUGAAUUCGACGACUACAACGGGAAACGCUCCUACCACGAACUCUCGGUCUUUUCCAAAGAAAUUCUCUUGCCGAUGCUGUGCUCGCCGGGAAAUCCCGAUGGGUGUGCCGACGAUGCGGUCAGGGAUGCCGUGAACGAAUACAACCGGCUCUCCGUCAGCGAACUCAAAGCCUCGAUCAAACAUCUAAAAGAGAAACUCGAAAGAGCCGAAGCGAUCUAUCGUGGUGAGGUGGAACGGUUGACCGCGGAUUACAACGAUGCGGAAGAGGCGAAACGAACGGCCAUCGACCGGGUGGCAUCUUCCGGAGGGGAUUUGGAGAUUGCGAGGCAGACACUUUUCAUGUUCAAAAAGCAACAGCAACAGAAGACAAGCAGGCAACAAGUGAAAAGUGACGAACUGUAGUACGAACAUUGUUAGUUCUAUUUAUGAGGGUCGCAUAACAUUAAUAAUAUCAGAAACGUUAC